AUGGCUAACUUGACGCUGCGUUACCUGGAUGAGUUGUCCUAUGUCCUGAACAGCCGAAGGCAUUUGGCAAAUCAGGCGAAAGCAUCUUCUGUUGGUGAUUUGCUUAAUGCUGAGGAGGAACGAUUCACACCGGUUAUGGUUAAAAGGAGUGUCAAACUCUUACUGACUAAACCACCACCUCGAUCCUUGUUCUGCUCCAUGACUAAAAACCAUCCCGGUUCCUUCUUCUGCUUCAAGCCGAGAGCAUGCGCUGCACCAUUGGCGCAGUGGCCGGGCAACUGGCUGCCGUGCAACAUGUCGCGGUUACGACACCCGCAUGGAACAACAUCAUCAUCAUCAGCCUAUAAGCCCACUGCUGAGCAAAGGCCUCUUCUCACACGGAGAAGACUAGGGCUUUUUCUUGUGUCGUCUCAUCCAGACAAAGAACAAGGCAGCGCCUGUGACUCUUCUGGUGCUGCAGGAUUCCAGGGCAGCGAAAAUCGCUUACCAUCAGGUGAUCCGUCUGCUCGUUUGUCUCCUCUUCAUAAAAACGACGUGGUGAUGACGUUACAGAUGGCCGUCUUCUUGGGGUUUGAUGACACAUGA